AUGAGUGGGAGGCGGAUAGUAUACGGUCAAGCGUGUACGAGGUGUAAGUACGGAUGUAAAUACAUAGAGGUUUGUAACUGCUGUCCGUGGUGUUGUGAAGAGUGUAAUAAAAGCACUUAUGAGAGUUGCGAUAUAUGUUACAUAGAUUUUCACUACAAGUUUCAAGUUAAAAAGGAUUGCCAUUAUAAAGGAUGUAAUUCCCAAACAAUUACGUGUACCAACCCCAAGUGUCAAUGUACAUGUUGCAAAGCGAAAUGUGCACGUGGAGAAAUUCCCACCUGCAGUCUUCCCCCUCCCCCGCCUCCCCUUCCUUCCCCCGGUGCUGAGCCUGAGUACGCCAGUCAAAAGCUUUCCUCUCCUCCCGACGCUCUCAAGCAAGAGACCGAUGCUCCACCAUCCCCCCCUCCCUAUACCACCAUCGCCGCCGUCAUCGUUGCCAUCAUCGUCGCCAUCAUCCUGCUCGACCUGUGCAUCUUCCGCUUUCCGGUGGGCCGCAACAUCCGCGAUUUCCUCGUCCGCAAGAUACCCCUCUGCAUCGCGUUCUACAGCUAA